GUCCUCUUUCGGAGGGGACCGAACGUAAAGAGGAACGUGCGGGAGAAACGUAGCGUCACGCAAGCGCAAUGAGGGACAGUCGCGCGGGCCACAUUGAAAGCUUGUAACAUGCCGCCGAGGCGAACAGUCGCGCGCUAACUCUCAUGCGGAUUGUAUUACCGUAUCCGGGCUCUCUCGUUCUCUUUUUAACCGUCUCUCUCAUGUGUAUUUCGAUUGCGAGAGACAAGAGGUAUAUAGUAAUCGGAAUCGUUGUGCGUGUAGGCGUUAGUAAACGGUGUUUGACGCGUAGCCGAACACGCGACUAAAGUUAAACGAGACAACAUUGUCGACAGACGGAACCUGUGACCGUCGAGGUCUUCGUGAUCUAGGAAUAUAUAAUCCGUUAUAGCCAUUAAGUACUUGGAACAGUGUCAAAAGCUACGACGCGCGGUUUCGAGGAAACGACGAAGGUCCAUUUAUUAUCCGCGACGGUGACGGUGUGGAUGAGCGGUAGUAGAUUCAUGCCGAGAGAUAUCCUCUCUCACGUCUGCUGGCUUUCAUCCUUGGAUGUCAUAGCACGCGAUACGACGGCCGAAGAGAAGAAGAAGAUAGAAUAAAGUAGAAACAGCGAGAGACGAACGUGGACCAGACGAAGUUUCUACGCACGCAUAGACGGACAUACAGGUGGUUGUGGUGAAAGGACUCCUUCUAUCUGUGAUGUGCGAGUGAACAAUGGAAUCACCGGUCAUGUACGAUUCGGCGGCCCAUCAGGCCCAGGCCCAGGGUACGGCCGAUCUGAAGAAGUCCCAGGUGCUCAAUAACAACACCAGUAAUCAGAACAACAACGCCGCGACAAAUAAUAAUAAUAAUAAUAAUUCCGCUCUGCAGAUCAAUCACAAUCAUAACCAUAACCAGCAGUUGAACAGCACGGUGGUGAGCAAAGUCUCCGCCAGCAAGGCGACCCUGCAUCAGCAGUACGCCGAGCACUGUGCCGCCGCUGGUGAACUCACCGACCUUAACACCCCGGAGAUCUCGCUGGACCUCCAGCAUCUGAUCGACGACAACCACUUCAACGACGGUUUAUUAGACAUGCUCAAUGCCACCAACGGCGUGAAGCACGUGAGAACGGGCAAUUACAACACGCGCACUACCCUCGCAUACAUGCCGCAGCCAGUGCACAGCGGCGCGAAUUAUCAUCAGGGUAGCUGUAGCGAUAGUAACAGUUCGAGCUCGGAAUCACCCAGCAUCAAGGAAGAGCCGCUGGACCCGGCGGACUAUCGACGCCACUGCCCUCAGUAUCCACCGGGUUACAGCCCGGUGACGAACAAUCCGUUCGCCAAUGGCGGUCAAACCUUCACCACCCUGGCACCGUCCACGAUACCCGGUAGUCAUCCCGGCACGCCGAUUCAUCAACCACCGCCUCGGGGCGGCCCUAUGAAAGGACCGGUAAUAACCCAUCAACAUCACGCCGCCGCCAACGUCGCCAGGAAACAGACCAAGGCCAUCGACAAGGCGAGCGACGAGUACAGACGACGGCGGGAGAGGAAUAACAUCGCCGUGAGGAAGAGCCGCGAGAAGGCGAAGGUGCGAUCGCGCGAGACCGAGGAGAAGGUCAAGUUGCUGGUGAAAGACAACGAUCUGCUGAAGAAGCGAAUCGAACUGCUCACCGAGGAACUCAACGUUCUCAGAUCGCUCUUCGGCAACGUCAGCAUGCUACCCGAGCAUCUGCACCGCGAAAUCUCGAGGCACCUCGAUCAAUUUCAGCAGCACGCGGUCGGACCCAUGUAGCAGCAGCGCGCGGACGUAGCCGCGCGAUGAUGAUCGUACGAGACGGCGUCGUUUGACGACGACGUCGUCGUUUACUCGCGUCCCCGGCCGUUAUCAGGUCGCUCCGAUUGUGAGGCGAUGUCAGUCAGUCGCGUCUUCCGCUUUCCUCUCGCGUCUCCCCGCGUACACGCAUCGCGUAAAUCUCUCACGAAGAGACUCUCGUCCCCCUCGCUCACUCUCGUUCCCUCUUUCUUCGUCUUCAUCUUCAUCUUCCAUCUCCGUCUUCUGCGUCGUAUCUUGUAUCUCGCUCAAUUCGGAGUGCGCGACGCGAGCGCACGUGCAUGCGUGCGUCGUCGUUGUCGCGAAGUUGCGAGCGUGGGAGGGUGAAGGGGGGAGGGGGGGUCGACGAGUCGCGUAGGAAGAACGAGUUAUUCAACGCGAGCUUGCGACUUGCGAUGCGAGCUAGAGAACGCGAUCGACAUGAUGACGAUGAUUCGCGUGUUCCAAGACAAGUGCCUCUGUCGCCCGCGGUCUUAUGCUCGAAAGA